AUGACGAUAUCCAUGUGCACUAAUCACGAUAUGAUUGACAUGGGCAUAAGGAUACGGAUAUGGUCGUAUGUCGUCAAAUAUCAAUGUGUUGUGUGCGCUACUCCUGGCGGAUACAGCGGUGUGUGCCAUUGGAUCGUUCGCCGUCGUCCUUUGUUGACGGCUCGUUCCAAGUCAGGUAUUGCCGAAGCAGCUGAAAAAGUAACCGGUGAUAAAUCGGUCCGCAUGGAAUUGCUAUCAUAUGCCAUUCUGCAAGGAGUACUCAUGGGUUAUGUUAUCGACAGUAUUUAUUUGAGUUAUAUACCAUAUGCUGUAAUUACUCCAGCUAUUAUUACGGUCUCAUUCGCGGCAGUCGCUAAAUCUGCCGAAGGAGAUCGUAAAAUGAUGCUCGGUAGUACAGUUGGUGCUGCUAUUUCAUUCAAUUUUAUGUUGGGAUUGAUAACAGGAAGCUUGUCGUUUGUUUACUUUCUGUUAACUCUCACAUACGCCGGAAUUGCUGCGGUCAUCAUGCAACUUUGCUUUAAGAAUCUCAAAGGCGUUUCGACAGGACACGUCUAUCAGAAUGCACUUAGCUGCAGCUUCAUUGUGGCCAAAGGACUGUUCUUCUUAUUGUUUGGCUCUUACGAUCCAGAACCGGAACCACAGCAACAGCAGUCCGACAAAUGA